GCAAUCGAGCUUCAAAAGCUUGAAAUCUUCCAUUUGAACGCGAAAGACCGCAAAGCCUCUACUCUAUCACAUCUGUUAAGCCUUUCGCGAUCUUGUUAUCGUUUCUCCAAGGCCGUCUACAACAAAAGAUCUUAUUUCUUUGCUACGAACCUACUCUGCCCCGCUGCAGCGGGUGGCAUUGUAGCCUUCGCACGAGGUUACGUGCUCUACCCGGCAGGGUUGACGCGAUUUGAGCGGGUGCAGCGUGGCGUGGCUUGGGCUCUUGCAAGUCCAGAGAAAAGGGGGCGUGAUCAUCAUUAUAAUGGAUGCUCCUGCCCAGCAACCCUCCAUCGGGUCCGAGUUAGGGGCCGCGACCGGAGUGCCUUCCGUCCCCAAGCACGCUGAUGUGGGCUCGGUCUCGGGGGAUGGCAUCGGCAGUGCAGCAGGCAGCUCGGAACCGGCGCAACCGGUCCAGGCUGCUGUGUCCAAGCCCGUCUUUAAGAUGAAGCGGACGGGGCAGGGGAGCUUGCCGCCGACGACCCCAACGCCCGAUGUCUUGUCUCUCCCUCCCGCCACGCCUGCUUCCAAGGACACUGCUGCAGAGCCGGAGCCGGCGAUGAUUGUCAGUGACAUCCUGCCAACUCAGGCUCCGUCAACGCCGGCUGUGGAUAGCCGCUCUGAGCUCCCGAGGGUGAGCUCAGAACCCGACAGCGCUCGCAAAACCAAGUAUGCCACGGAUGAGGAGAGGAGGAGAGCAACAAGUCUGGCGCUGAAGCAGCGAUGGGCUUCAGGCCUGAUGGACCAUGUCGCUAAAAAGCGCGCUGAGACGAUGAAGCGGCGGAGGACAGAGGCUUUGGAUCCCAUUGGCACACCAGGCAUUACCAAGCCGUCUGGGCCUGUGGGCAGUGCCAGGCAUGCACAAAUGAGUCCAGCAUACCCGGGCCGUCUCACCAUUUCCAGUCCUGCCGGUUUGACUGCUAGUCCGACCCAUCACGGUCGGAAACAAUCCCUGGUUUCGGAGCAACUCGCUCGCCUGUUCGAAGACAAGCCCGCAUCUGCUGGCCCCAAUGUCCAGGCUAAAGCUGACGAAGGCAAGCCCGGCAUUCCAGGCCUGUCCGGUCCCCGGACGGUGGAUUCUAGGACACCAGGCGCACCCGGCGUCAGCUCGCCAUCCCGCUCUCCCUUCUCAGCUGGCCAAGCCGAGUCUGUUCCUGGCGUUGGUUUGAACGUUGCAGAUGAGAGCGAAGCUCAUAGCGAAUGGCAAGAAGAGGAAUCCUUACCGGACAGCUUGGACGAUGGCGCAAGGAGUGGUGAGCCUGAUGGCGGCGAGACGGACGCCGAGGGAGCCAAUAGCCACGCGAAAGACGUUCCCGCUCAGCUGGAGAUGGCUGUGCCAGGGCGUCCCUACACGAAGUGGUGGGAUUCCAAGGGCGCCCUCUUGCCCGCGUACGGCGCGCUUCUUCCAGAAGGAUACCAGUUGUCCUACACCACCCCAGGUCACCCGUGGGUGUGCCCAAUUAGGUCGUGUCGGACAGUAUUCUCAAAGAUCGCCCAGCUCGGGUACCAUUUCAAUAGAAGGCACCGGGGCGUCAUGCUACAUGAUAAUCAAGAUGGCACCUUUUCGGAACGUGGAAUGUAUGCCCCGCGAUCCCGCCAGCGCGGCGACAAGGCGGCGGCCGCAGCGCCCGCGAUUGUGGUCUCCAAAGGCGGUGCCGAACCCGGGGAUCCUCCGGCGGUCGCGCCGCGCUACCCCAACCUUCGGCUUGAAGACCGUGCCGAUUCGGGAACCAACGGGGCUAAUAGUGAGAACGGCACUGGCACUUCAGCAACUCCGAUGGGGCAUAGCAGGCCGGAGCAUACGGAGGCGCCUGAAAACGGGGUUGGAAACGACGGCCUCGAGGAAGUUGGUGGAGAUACAAACGCCGGCGACGACGUGAGUAUGGAGGAUCUCGUGGAUGAGUCAACUGCCGGAACGACGCUGCAAGCAGGCGGCGCCCCAGCCGGCAUCACCGAGGCAGAGCCGGGUCGGCCGUAUACGAUGUGGCCGGAUGAAAACGGGAUGCUUGCUCCGUUGGCAGGUGCUUUGCUCCCAUCCGGUUACUCUCUCGACUACACGAUCCCUGGCAGGCCUUGGAUCUGCCCCGUACGCACUUGUCGGAAGGCCUUUUGCAAGAGGAACGACCUAGGCUUUCAUUUUGCGCGCACUCACUUCGCCGCUCUCUUGAAUGACAAUGGCGACGGAACGUUCUCCAUCAAGGGUGUAUAUCGAUCCAAGAGCACCUGCAUAGCCAGGGGUGGCAAAAUCCUCGUCAAUGCUCCUCCCAUGGUCGUCUCUAAUGAGCCGCUGGCUACCGGCAAGCCCAUCCCCGAUGCUCGGUUUCCCACCUAUCUCUAUCCGUCAAGACGAUCGCCUCAAAGCAAUCACCACGAGCCAAAACCAGACCUGAAAACACUGAAGACGCCGGCCACCGAUGAAUCGUCUGAUCUGUGGGCGUAUAUACAGCCACACUUAGUGCAGACGGUUGAUGUGCCCACCUCUCUCACCAUUCGGCACCUUCUAACCCUGCCGAAACGCCGCAAUGUCCAAUUCAACACCCGCAGAAAGUUCGUCGAGACUGCGACCAGAGACAUUGCAGCCAUCAUCAUUCAGGUGACCGGAGAUGUGGCUCCGAACAUGUGCGACAGGUGCCUGAAGGGGAGGGGCCCUUUCGAGGGGUGCGUGGUUAUGUCGCCGUCAGCGAAUAUUACAACAAGAUUGCGCUAUCCCUGCUGCGCCAACUGUGCUUACGGCGGCAAGAAGCUCUUGUGCUCUCUGCUGACGUCGCGGCUGGAACCUGAUCAAUUGAUGGGAGGGGCCUUGGCCGGCGAUGGGGUUGAAUCCCAGAGCAAGGGCCUCCCGGUUCCUAAACAGUCGGUGGAGGGGGGCUUGGCCGGCAAUGGGGUAGAACCCCAGAGGAAGGGCCUCCCGGGUCCAGGUCCUCGGGCCUCCUUGCAGGUUGACGAGAUGGAGGUUGAUGGUGAGAUCGGACCGGCCGUAGCGCCUGCCCACGGCAUGAGCUUGCGCGCAACGAGAACACGACAGCUACGCACCGAGUCGCCGUUCUCGUCUGGGUCAACCUCACGCCGAGCGGCAUCAUCCGCGCUCAUCUCGCAGGGCCACUUCCGAACCCCGCAUGAUCUCCUCGAGAUGGAGGACUGGGAAGUCGCCCCGGGCCGGAUCCGAGAAGAGGCUGCCGGCAACGCAGACACAAUCGCCUUCUCGAAACCCUACCUGUCCGCCUCGCAGGCCGUCCCCGUCUGCGACGACGUCGCCUUCCGCGUCGACACCAUCGCGGCAGGCGGCGUCCUGCGGCUCGAGGCCGAGGCGGACAAGACCCGGCUGUGCAGCGUGGCGGCGGGCAAAGUGCGGGUCAAGAUAGGCGACGGCGGCGGCGAUAGCGGCGCGCCCGAGUUCGUCGUCGGGCCGCACGGCAUGUUCAAGGUCAAGCCCGGCGCCGUGUGCGCGGUGCGCAACGGGCUAUACCUCGACGCCGUGCUGCAUACGGUGGUGCUGACGGGGUUUACGUGAUUUCGGUUGGGGGAUGGGGAGAGAGUGGCGGUUGACUAAGGGCGCGGUAGCAGUGCAUUAUGGAGUUUGCAUGGACUCGGCGGUGAUCGGAAGUCUUAUUACGCGCAAUGUUCAUAAGCU